ACUCUGGAAGUGUUUUAGUUGGCCACCAAUGUACUAGCAGCUAGCCAUGUAGCUUUUUGUCAAACUCUUGUUCGUCAUUCUGUGUUUGGGGUGUAAUCAUACUAUCAUCUUUGUGGGUUGUGUCUGUUGAGAUGGACAUUUUAAGGGACGACGAAACUCAUGAGCUGAAGUACAAACCCGGGGGGCGUCUGGAUAUGAGCCAUGGCUUCUUGCACCAUAUCCGCAGGAACCAGAUCGCCAGAGAUGACUAUGACAAAGAAGUGAAAUUGGCCAAAGAGCUCCAGCGGCGGAGGCACACCACAACUCCUCGGCGACCACGGAGACCUGACAUUCAGGUGUACCAUCCCCGAAGACGAUACGAUUCCGAGCCAGGGGCCAGCGCUGAGACAGAGGAGUGGAAUGAGAGUGGCUCGAGUACAGAGACGGAGACGCAGGGAACUGAACUCUUCUGGCUUGACUAUCAAGCGGACUCAGGGACCAUUACAUCCUUCCUUGUGCACAAGGACGAUGCACCAGCAAGGGUGGUAGAACGUGUUGCGGAGAAGAACAUCCUGGAUUCAGCUAUGAGAGCAGCCUUGGAGGCCCGCAUUCGAAAGGAGAUGGAUAAAAGACGAGAUAAACGCUGAGUGCAAAUCUUAUGAGAGUAGUUUACAACACAAGCAAGGUAGGCUCCGACCUGCUGAGAACGUAAUCAGCGUGAUAAGCACAAAUGCUGAAGACAGAGCUGGCGGGAGAAAGAAGAACUGGAGGACUGUAGUGAUGCCAUGCAGAGAUGUGAGCCACACUCCAGUUGUGUUUUAACAAGGAACCACAGCUAAAAUCACUGAUUACGGUUGACAGCUAACAUUCACUCACUUAUAUUGAGUCAACUCAUAGCAAAGCAGUGUUUACAUUAUUUUAAAAAACCCAGUAAGGUUCUCUUUGUCAUAAAAAAUAACAUGUCAUUGUUACUUGUUUUCACAAAGAUGUCUGAACAUUCAAGCUUAAGUAAAGUGGAUGUGGGAGCACAGGUUCGUCAGUGAGUGUUAUAUUCUUUACCUCCUGGUCUUCUAAUUUAUUUCUUAUUAUAUAUAUUUAUUUUAUAGUUACUGUGUGUUUUCUGUUGAAUGUGAGUGUGAAUGUUUGUCUAUAUGUGCCCUGCGAUGGACUGGCAACCAGUCCAGGGUGUACCCCGCCUCUCACCCAAAGUCAACUGGGAUAGGCUCAAGCAUACUCACGACCCUGGUGAGGAUACUCAGCGUAGAAGAUGGAUGUUUUCUGUUGACACAAACAUUUUUAUUUACAAAAUGGCUUUUGCAUAUCCAUUUGUUACUCUAAAAAUGUGUCCUGGAGCACACAGUCAUAAAAUAUGAAUAUAUUGAUAUGGUGUAUAAAAUUACAUGUUUGGAUAUUUUUCUUCUAAUCUACUCAUUGUGAUAGAUGUAACGAUUAAAAGAUGCAGUCUUCAGCAUGAGGCGACAAUCAAAUGUUCAAUAAAGCAAUGUUCCAGUGAGUGGAAAGGACCAGUACCACACUGCAAUCAAUACAUUACACUAUACUGUAUAUAAAUUUGUGUAGUGUUAAAGCAAAUGCACCAUAAUUUCCAUUAGGAAGCCAGUAUUACGUAGGAACUUGACACCAGUGACUAUAAGUGUUUAGAAUAUUGUUUUCAUUUUGGUGGGUUUAAUGUAUUAUGACUAGAAAGGCUGCUGUUGAUGACCAAUUUGGCAUGCACAAUACUUUCCUCAUAACUCCUUUGGUUUUUGAAUUCCCCCUCCUUUUAAAGGUGGAAGGUCUGGAUGUUAUUAGCUUGUUUUCUCACACAGGAGGAACUUUAAGAGUCUUAACCAGUCAGAAGUUUACAUCCUGUCACAGUUAUAAGUUCUGAACAUCCCUAAAAGGCGAAACGACAUGGUGGACACACACAUGAAGACACCAAAAAAUUAAAUUCAGCCACUGGGAUUUCAGAAACUCAGAGGGAAGCACUAAAAAGAACUUCUACGUUGGUUGACGCAAUGAACAUCACAUUUAAUAUGCUUACAUACUGUAUUUCACCCGUGUUUCCUCGGAGAGCUGGGAGUAUUUGCAAGGAGGAAAAGGAUGUUCAUGAGGAAGGGCCUUUUUUUUUUUGAUGACAUGAAAUACCAAUAGAGAUAGCCUUAUACAGUACUUCAUAUCCUAACAUUUACUGUUAUACUUGUAGGUAUACUAUACUAGUGUAUAUACAAAAACUGUACAAUAAAAAAUGUACAAAUACGUGCAAUAA